AUCGUCGGGAUAGUAUACGAAGGAGAAAUAGAAUCAAUGAAAUAAACCUUAGGGCUGAUCCAAAUUAUAUUUCUGGAUAUUGAAGAUAUUUCGUUUUUCUCUCUUUCUCUUUGUAAAACUAUAGUUUCUGUAGGUUCUAGAACUAUAGUCGAAAGAAUAAAGGGACAAUAUCUAUAGUUUGAAUUAAUUUUAACAUGGCCCGCGCAUCGUGAUAUUGUACGCUAUUGGUGCUUCGUCUUAACUUUUAACCAAUUAGCGCUGAUCGUUAUAUACCACCAAUUGCGCGGGGAUAGUAUUACAUACAUUAUAGCAAAUCUUACUGCAUAUAUAUAUGUAUAUCGCUGCAUGGACACAGUAAAUGGUCGACAUGUUUCAUCGGCGAGGCGGUCAUCGUGUAACUUUAACAAAUAAUAAUUGUACCGCAAUUCGAAAUUAUUCCGAAUAUAACUAUGGAUUGGUACUUAGUGCUAUGCCUCUUAAAGAUGAUGAGAUGUUCGAAGUCCGUAUUGAUAAAAAGAUGAUAUCAUGGAGCGGUAGUAUAGAGAUUGGAGUGACAGAAUGUGAUCCUGAAACCGUGGAAUUACCUGCUUGUGCUACCAAUCUUCGCCAUGGAUCUUGGAUUAUGACUAGCUCUGGCAUAGUGCACGAUGGUGAACGAAUAGUAGAGUUAUAUGGUACAGAUCUUAGUAGUCUGGAUGUGGGAAGUACUUUGGGUGUAAUGAGAACCUCUAAUCACGAGCUUGUAUUUUACAUUAAUGGGGUUUCUCAAGGCAUUGCGGUAACCAACAUUCCAGAGCGUUUAUUUGCAGUUAUAGACAUGUAUGGAGAUUGUGUUCAAGUUACCAUUACUCAUCCAAGACUUUUACCUAUUAGUAAUGAAGUGAAGGAUGAGGUUGAAAUUAAUAAUGAUUAUCCUCUCGGUGGAUCAUCCAAUUCAUCUACAACUAAUCUAGUCGCUAACUUGAAUGUUAAUUUAAAUGUUAAUGUAAAUGUUAGUUUACCGAAAAAUCCAAGCCCUGCUGCUAUUAGAGAAGAUCGUUUAAGGUUCCACGAAAGAGUGGGUGCGCUUGUGAAAUUGUCUAAUAAUGCAAGAACAGCUGAGAGGCGGAGACCGAUUGAUGAAUUUAAUAAUGGCGUUGUUAUGACACACAGGCCGUUACGAGAUAAUGAACUUUUUGAGAUACGUAUAGAUAGACUUGUUUACAAAUGGUCUGGUAGUAUAGAAGUGGGGGUUACAACUCAUAGUCCUACUGCAUUAGAAUUUCCAGCAACAAUGACCAAUAUGAGAUCUGGUACAACAAUGAUGUCUGGGUGUGGUAUUUUAACUAAUGGAAAAGGCACUCAACGUGAAUAUGGAGAAUUCAAUUUAGAUGAGCUUAGAGAAGGAGACAGGGUAGGGAUGAUAAGAAAAAGUAAUGGAAAUCUCCACUAUUUAAUUAAUGGGCUUGAUCAAGGAGUCGCUGCCAAAGUACCAGCAGGUGUAUGGGGUGUCAUUGACCUUUAUGGAAUGACUGUAAAGGUGACCAUUGUUGAUCGCGAUGAAAGGGAAGAACAGAACUUAGUCACGCGACGAAACACUUUGCAGUUACAAGGAUUGAACGAACCAGAAGAAGAACCACCAGAUAGACUCAUGUUUCAUUCUUGUUGUGGAACACAUGCUGAAGUAAUUAAUAACGGACGUACAGCACACAGGCCUAAUGCCAUAGAUGACUUCAAUAAUGGAGUAGUAUUAACCUCACGACCGUUAAAACCAAAUGAGUUAUUUGAAGUGAAAUUAGAUAAAAUCGUGUCUAAAUGGGCAGGUUCCAUCGAAAUAGGUGUAACAACACAUUCACCAACAGAAUUGGAAUUUCCUUAUACAAUGACUAAUGUUAGAUCAGGUACUUGGAUGAUGACAGGAAAUGGAGUGAUGCACAAUGGAACAACUAUGAUAGACCAAUAUGGACAAAAUUUAGAUCGAUUACAAGUUGGCGAUCGUGUAGGAGUUAUGAGAAAAGAUAAUGCUACAUUGCAUUUUUAUGUAAAUGGCGCGGAUCAAGGUGCUGCUGCAAUGAGUGUACCAGAAAGAGUUUAUGGUGUCAUAGAUUUAUAUGGUCAGGCUGCACAAGCAACUAUAGUGGAUACUGCAGAUUUCUAUAGUCCUACCACAAAUAAUUCUAGUUUCAGUAAUACAACUUUGUACAGUGAUUUGAGAUUUCACUAUGUACAUGGAAAAAAUGCACGUAUCACAAAUAAUGGUUUAACAGCAUCCAGACCAAGAGCAUUAGGUGAAUUCAAUGAAGCUAUAGUUAUUGCAAAUCGGGCUUUACGCGAUGGUGAAAUGUUUGAAGUAACCAUUGAUAAAAUGGUAGAUAGGUGGUCUGGAGCUAUUGAAGCAGGGGUUACACUUAUCAGACCAGAUGAACUGGAAUUUCCAUCUACGAUGACGGAUAUCGAUCAUGAUACUUGGAUGCUUUCUGGUUCCGCUGUAAUACGAGACGGCAUUACAUUGCGUAACAAUUAUGCAUGUGAUUUAGAUAAAUUAGUGGAAGGAAAUCGUAUUGGUAUGAUGCGAUCUGCAGACACAAGUUUACAUUAUUAUUUAGAUGGUGUAGAUCAAGGUCCAGCAUGUACAGGCUUACCCUUACACGUUUAUCCUGUGAUAAAUUUAUAUGGUCAAUGUGCACAGGUUACAAUUGUACUGCCAGAACGUAGAGAUCCAUUAACACAGCAAUACAUUCCCUCAGAAAACAGUACCAGUCAACAACCUACAUCUGUAAUCCAACCACAAGCUCAAACAGAAGUUUUGCAUAAAUUUCACGCGUCCGUUGGCUCAAAUAUUCAAUUAAAUAACGAAAAGACAGUAGCGACAAGACGUAGAGAACAUACCAAUGCUGUAUUAUUAAGCGAAACUCCAUUAGACAAUAAUGAAAUAUUUGAAAUUGCCAUUCAAGAAACUGCCUCUGAAUGGAGCGGUUGUUUAAAAAUAGGAGUUAUAAGCAACGAAUCUGGUAAUUGGUUGAAACCUACCAAUCGUGUACCUGAUAUAACUUCUAUUCCAACAAAUGCUUGGUACUUAACAGGAAAUGAAAUAAGACAUUCGGGAUAUGUUCUUUGUCCAAAUUAUUGCCCAAGCUUGGAAUGGCUUUGUGUUGGUGAUAAAAUUGGAAUGAAACGAACGCAUGAUGGCAAUUUGAAGUUUUAUAUAAAUGGAGAGGAUAUGGGUAUAGCAGCAUCUAAUGUGCCUGAGAUGGUAUAUGCAAUUAUUGAACUUUUUGGGAGUACUGUUGCAAUAAAUAUUACAAGUAGCAAACAUCAAAAUACGGCAAUAUCUCCCAAUGCAAGUUUGAGAUUACAAGAUUCGUUGGAAUUAUUGUUAGAUCCUAUGCCACCUGUUAUAAAAAAUGAUGCAGGAAUGGAUACAUCGAUCGAUAUAUCCGAAGGAAAAUUAGCUAAUGAUACUACACUUACACCAACACAACCAGUAAAUCACUUAAGUGGGGAAACAAAUUGGAAUUAUGAAUUUCAUGAAAAUCAUGGUAGGAAUAUUGAACUGGAUAGAAAAGUAAUAGCCAGAAGAGUUGCAAGUUAUAAUCAAGGUGUGGUAAUGUCUAGUCGUCCAUUAAUAAAAGGUAAAUUAUUUCAAAUAAAAAUUGAGAAAUUGAACGAGCGAUGGGUAUCCAAUAUGCUUUGUGGUGUUACUUGCGUUGCACCAGAGAAAGCUAAUUUCCCAUUAACAGCGCUUGGUUUUAAAAAGCACUCGUGGAUCAUUUGUAGUGAUUGGAUAUUUCAUAAUGGCAUGAGGGUCAAAACGAAAUAUGGCUCUGCGUUAGAAAACUUACAGUGCAAUGCUACAGUAGGUUUAUUAAUCGAUGAAGACUGCAGACUUCAUUUAUAUAUUAAUGGUGUAGAUCAAGGAGUGGCAGCAACAGAUGUGUCUCCAUACGUAUAUGCUGUGGUUGAUUUGUAUGGUCAAUGCGAGCAAGUUUCAAUAGCAGGAACAGAUCAAUUAUAUUCGAAUUCUGUUGUUGUUGAUAAUAGUACAAUUGCAUCUGCUACCGAAUGUAUUAGAACAGAAUUGGAUGACGUAGAAAAUUCUCGAGAGAAAGCCGAUUUGGAAUGUCAUGAAAAAGAAAAUGCAAUUCCAGCUACAUCGUCGGAUCUUUCGUUAUCGACUUCUCCGAGCAUACCAAGCCAAUGUAGUUCUCAUACGAAAGAUGGAAAUUAUUCAGCAGUAUCCUAUAGUAACGAUGAUACGAAUCUGGUAAACAAUAUUCCAGAAAAUAAAGCGACGUCGAGUGUUCCCGACUCGAAUAAUUUAGAUUCUGGCUCGGACGUAGGUAACGAAGGAAAAAGCACUAAGACUAAAAGUUACACAGAAGAUACAAGUCAAACAAAUGAUAACAACACUUUGCAAAAUAAUCAGUCGGAAAAUAAUUCUAACGAAACGAAUAUACAUACGGAACAUCGAGCGAUCGCAAACGUUUUAAAUAUUAGAAAUGAAUGUACAAAUGUAGAAAUAAAUAAUGCAACAAAUAUUAAUAUUAAGAAUGGCACGACUACUAGCGCUACAAAUAUUACUAAUUUGAAUUCUGCUAUUAAUUCAAACAACGCUAAUAAUGCAAUCAACGAAAGUAUAGCAUCCAAUAGUCAACUUGUUAGUAUAACUACGAGUCAGAAUAAUGUACCCGUUAAUAUUUUGAGUAUGUCACAAAUUGGUUCGUUUUCUUGCCAAAAUCUUGCACCAAGCGUAUUGGAUAAUUCAUCAACGGAAAUAUCAAAUAAUACUUCCUCCAGCUUUCAUGAAUUACACUCUAAUAUUAAUUGGGAUAAUGUUACUUUAACGAAUGAUAAUUGUAAUAAUGGCGUGGUAUCUUCAAAUCAGCACAACAUGACAAAUAAUCACACAAUACCAUCAAUACAAAAUAUUUCACUACCAUGUACUCCUGGAAGUAUUUCAUCGGUCACAAAGAAAUGCGAAUAUUUAAAAGCAUGUAUGAGGCUUAAAAAAUCACUCGUAUUGCCGGAUGAAUUUUUUUCACUGGACGAUGCAUUGUGUUACUGCAGUGCUUGUUAUAAGGCAGAAGGAGAUAAUACUAUUUGUAAAAAGGGUGAACCUCCGGCAGAAUUCGCGUUGCCUGUAGGCUGGGCAAGAUUUCCUUUGAGACAAAGUAUCAACGCAAAUCAAAUCCCACAAAGUACUACAGAUAAAUGGCACGUUUCUUUCUAUGGGAUACGCUUAGAUGCCAUAAGAUUAAUUCUCGACAGAGGUGAACUUAUGACAAAGGAACAAUUAGAUGCGAGUAAUUUAAUAUGUACGAAGAACGAAGUCCAAAAUCCUCAAGUAAUAUUUUCACCGAAUAUAAAUUACGCGGCGUCGGAAGAAUUCGUUAAAAAAUAUCCAUACAUCGAUCAUCAAUCAAAUAAAAAACUUAAUGCAUCAACUGCAUUCCAAUUGUUGGUAAGACCUGGUUCAUACACGAUAGGACCAAGUGGAAAGGAUGAUAUUGAAUCUCAAUUUGAAUCUAGUAAAUGGGCUACCAAAGAAGCUGGUGCUACAGUAAUCGUGGCUUUGCUGAUACAUCUGGAUGGAUUUUAAUUUUUCUUUCGAAAGUACGUCGAUUUUAUUAAUUCUCCUUGAAUACGCGAAGAGCAUUUUUAUUUUCAGUUAUGAACUCUGUCGGUGUAAAUAAAUACCGUCGUGAUACAGCAGUGGUAAGAAUUAAAGAUCAAUAUUCGAUUCCGUCGAAGUUACGACAUGCAUUUGUGUUGUGACACUAAUAUAUUGUAAACUGCAAUCGAUUUGUCUCGUAUGAAAAGAUAUAUCUUAAGGUUUCGAUUAUUUUAAUAUUAAGUUAUUAUAAAAGUUAAAAGGAAGGAAGUAUCUUCGCGUGCUCUAUGAAUACACAUGUAUCACAUUUAGAAAUCAUUUCUUUCGGCGUCAACGUAACUGGUGGCCUAGGUUUGAAGUUUAUAUGAACGUGAAUCAUAUGGAUAUACUUGCACAAUAAUAAGUUCCCUAUAUAUGUCCAAAGGGACAUAGUAUAUUUGACUUCUGUGCUUCGCGCCUAAUAAACACCAAAUCUUAAUGAUUGCGUUAUUAGAUACACAAUACAUUUCUCAAAAUGCACUAUUCUGCAGCAUUGAUGAAGUUUCGUGUAAUAUGCACGUUAUAUAAUAGAAAUAAAAAGGACAAUGGCAAUUCUCAUUACAAUAUA